CACGCAAUAACAAAUCCAUCCCUUAUUGCGAAAUCAUUAAAUCGCCUGAUAGAUUUUUUAAAGUGCUCACUUAUUUACAUUUCCUUAGGCUUAAUCCCUAAUGCCUCGAAAUCGUUUUUUAUUAAUAGCUUGGGCAAUAACGCUUUUAAAACAUUUUAACAAUUUAUUCACAAUGGAUGCAAAUUGUAGUACAAGUAUAUGCAAGUCUGGGAAAGACAAUUAAGGCCAGUUCGAAACCAUUACACGCUUUAAUAACGAUCUAUCUUUUUUGCAGAUUAUUUCAUAAUACAGGGAUCGAACAUGAAGCUCAGAUUCCUUUUUAUGGUUUAUAUUACUGUUCUUGUCGGGCAGCCAUGUCUCGUGAAAAGCAUCUUUCUCCCAUGGUUGAAAAGCACAAACGAUUCUUCCGAUGGCUUUCGUAUUGCAAAAGUACUUCUAGAAUUGAAUAAGAAAAUUCCAGGUAGUCCUAUUGGAGUAAAGGUUCCAGAGAUGAAGAACAUCACCAGCAAUAUCUCCGUAGACGAGCGAUGCUUUGGAGAAAACGACAUGCCAUUAUCAUUUGCUUUUCACAAGAAUCAUCCCUAUACUUCUUUUCAAGACGCAAGAGAGUACAUGGACGUAAAAGGCAUGUUUCCUUCUUUGCUUUCGAACAUGUUAGACUAUUGUUGUCAUGGUGGCGCCAAGAAAGUCAAAUUUGCCAAGCUCUUACGUACACCACUGGAGGCGGAAGAUCGUUUUCUAAGUGAGAACGUUAAUGAGUACGAUUUCACCUUUUCGAUCCACGCACCCUCUGAUGUUCAUUCAUUUCGGGAUUAUCCAUUCAUCCCGCUAGUGCGAGCCCCCAGUGUGGUCUUUCUGGCGUAUGAUGGAAACGAAAGAACCAGCAACACUCACGCCAUUGCUACCACCAUUAUGAAGGCCUGGCCCAUAAUGGUGUUCAUUCUUCUCACAGCAACCUUCUCUGGUAUCAUAAUAUGGUUUUUGGUGAGUUAAGGUUAUAUUAACAUUACUUUUACCCAGCUUUCUCAAAUCGCUGCUUUCCUAAUAUUACAAACAAGUCGUUUUCGCCGUUCGCUCCAUUUAUUGUACCCUGGGUUCCAGAGGAUAUUUUUUUCUUUCGAUACUGAUGGUUCGCGGCGAAGCCGCGUCAACGAGGCAGGAAGUGCCAAGGGAGCCUUAUUAAACCGUAAGCACGGUUUAUUUCAUAUUGGGUAUUUUUAGAACGGACCUCUGGAGCCAGGGUACAUUUAUUGCAUUGCGAUUAUAUAUUACUUAUAAUAAACGAUGUUUAUUUUUUCUUUCAUGGUGUGUCGAAAAUGUGGUAUUUAAAUUGUGUCGAUUUGAAAACUGUACUAAAUACGAUUACAAGCUUUUAAAUUUAAUUUUCCGCCUCCUCUUCCACAAAAGAUCUUAAAAAUACUUCUACUGUAGUCAUCCUUUUGGCUUUAUAGGAUCAUCGUCAGAAUCCUCAGGAGUUUCCUCAAUCAUUUAAGAAAGGAGUCUGGGAAGGGUUCUGGUGGGCACUGGUCACCAUGACAACAGUAGGGUAAGUUUUUAAAAGGUGUUAAAUUCUCUUCGGAACAACAAGAAUGCACGGAAUCGUUACUUAAAUUUUUUAAUCUUUUCCUGUUAUUAUGUCUUUUGGUAUGAAAAGACCUAAUAAAGAAGUCUUUUUGGUGGCUUUGCACAUGACGUAAUCAAAAUUCAGACUAACGAAUUAUCGACUUUUUGUACUGCCCUGCACCUUUCAUAAGGUAUCAAAGCAGCUAAAAGCUAUAUUCACACAAAUGUUCACUUCGAUAGGGUUCUACGUUUUGAGAUAGAACACGCUUUUACGUGACGCAGCAUUUAUAUGCCUGCCGCGAAAGCUGACAAUGACUUAUUCUGGGGAUUUUGCCAGCUGAAAAGUCAUUUGUAUUAGAAACAGAAUUACUUUGCUGUUUAUGAGUUCCUCGAAAGAUGAAUUCACGCUUUUGUCGCAAAACUCAGUCAGGUGACAGAUGUUUGAGUAGGUUUCCGGCCGCCAUGUUGGUGCUAAUCACUGGAUUGGAUCCCAACAUGGCGUCUCCAUACAAAGCUCAAAAAUUUGGGUAAAUUAUUUCUCCAAAUAUCUUGCAUAUAUUAAGUUGGACUGACCUGAAUCUUGAGGAGGGUCUUUACCGAUUUACUUCCUUUAAAUUUCCCAGAUGCUUAACUAUAUCUAUUGAACAGUUUUCUGUCUUUCUUUGUUUGUUUGUUUGUUUUUUUUCCAUUUUUGGGGACGUGAAAGUGAAAACCAGCAAUAAUAAUUAUAACAAUAAAAAAGAACAACGCCUCAGUCACUUGACCAAGGUGGAGAUAAGCUUCUUUUUGCUUAUCUUGAUAUGAAUAGUUAUUUAGGGGUGCUCCAACAUCAGGUAUUCUUUAUUUUUCAAUUGUCGACAGCUAUGGUGAUCGUUCCCCCAAGUCCACUCUCGGUCGUGUGUUUUGCAUUUUGUGGAUUAUAACAGGCCUGAUUAUAAUCUCCAUUUUCAUUGCUAUGGUAACAGCAUCGCUUGCAGCUACAACACACCCUCACUUCCCAAUACAUGGGUCGCUGGUAAGAUAUGCUUGUUUUUAUUUACGAGGCCAAACGAAGUUCAUAACGAUAACAAGGAGCAUGGUUGGGUAUCAUGACAGGGAAUGCUCAAACGUUUUUCUGUAAACUUCCAUUCGGGCAACACACUGAAUUCUUACAUCCGCAUCGUACUUGACAGCUUCGAUAGGUUCAAACUUAAAAGCCAGUGACACACGUACAACAACCCAUGGCCCGGCCAGUACCUAACGCAUGCGUACAUCCAUAUCAACCGGGAAUGCCAUGCUGAUGAGCCUUAAUAACAGCGAAGUAGCUGUUCAAUGGUUACCACUGCCUCCAUAUGGCCGUGAGUUGAUGUGCGUGUCGAUACGUGUGUCACUUUUACGUUUGUCCAAUAGGUUGACGUUACGAAUGUCAUGUUUAACGUCACGUUUAAUUUCUGGCGUUUUAAACCCCAGGGUACUCGUCUUACUCUUUUCACUGCAACAAUUAGAUCUGAGAUGAUGAUGAAGACCAUCUGAGUGCAAUAAUUUCAUGCAUAGGCUUUGACCUUUUUUUACGGGGCGGGACAUUCAAGGGUGGAUCAUGUCCAAAAUAGAAAAAAGUAUAUUAAGUAAGUGACUCAGUGACAGUCCCUUCUCGCUGGAUGGAAUCAGAAGAAGGAAACCAGAAGAUUUUUGAGAAGAUCUGACUGAUAAAAUUUUAUAAAGUGCCUAGGGGCAAACUGUCUCCAAGAGGCUGGCCCUGUUCCACCAGAAUGUCUUCGGCCGUCCCGAAAGAUUUUCCCGGGGUCUACCACAAAAAAGUUGUCUCGUAGACGUUUUACUUUUUGACGUCCCACUGUGUGUGUCCCAUCAAAGUCUAACCUAGAUUUGUAAUAGAGUGGUUUUCGUUUGAGUGUCGUAAAACCAAAACCAAAGUAAUUACUCUGGCCAAUCACAUAGGACACAGACAAUACAUUGAACCAAUCAAAACUCGAAGUAAUUACAUGUGGCUGACGCAAAUGUCACAAUUGGCUUUGGUUUUACUUCUGAUUGGAUGAAAAGGUGGCGCGAAUCUUUUAAGCCAAUCGCAUCGUGUAGAAAGUGCAAAACCAAUUACUUUUCGACACUCAAAUGAAAACCGCUCUAAGGCAAACUUUCUUCUUGACCCACUUUCCCUUUUGAUAUUUGACAUGCGCAUCAGUACUGGCGGUGACUCAUCUUUACUCUGUUUUUCACUUCCAGAUUGGAGUAGUAAACGGAAGUGAAGAAUAUCAGCUAGGAGUGCUGAUGAAUGCGGACAUGAAAAGUAAGCAAUAGUGAUUAAGGACAAAAUUUAAAGACCGUGUUUUUUUCUGCUACGCAUAUAAGAUUAAGCACGUCUUUAAAGUUUUUGAGGCGCUAAGUUUUUAUGCUGUGAGUAUCGCUCCGAAUACAACUUACUGUAUAUUUCGAAUUCUUUGCUGCUUUUUUUACGCAAGGAAAAUAGAUCUAAGAUGGAGCUAAUAAUUCUGAUCAGGAAACUCGCACUUUUAAGAAGUAAUUGAGACACAAUUUAUUUUAUUUUAUUUUAUGAUUUGUCAUUUAUAAUCUCCAUUAAUUCCCAUUUUACAAUUCAAAAAGCGCGGAAAUACAGUUUUGCUUUAAUAUAUUUACAUGUUAUUACAGUGUCCUAUAACGCAAAGUGAUUAAAUCUAUUUGUCUUUCUCUUAAUUUUAUAGUAUUUCCCAAGAUAUACGAUAUAACGAGUGCUCUGUUGAAGUCAGAAAUAGACGGCGCUUUUGUAGAUAGUUUUAUAAUCACAGCGCACCUAAACCUGAUCAGGAAUCAUCCUGGAAUUAGGAUUGAGCGCACGAUUGAGCACCCGGUUACGUACGGCAUGGUUUUGGCUGGCAAUUCAUCCCGUAUGGAAAGCUGCGCUAGGCGUUACGUCGAAAACUAUCCAAGAAAAGUUUUUCAAAAGAUUGCCGAGCAUCUCAAGCCUCUUAAGGUAGGUUUUUACCUAAUUCGUAAUUUGUCGUUACAUGGCGGGCUUUAAGCUCUAAGAGGCUACGUUGAGUCAAGCAGAGUCUAAGGCGACGUCCCAGCCGAAUCGAAUUCAAUGAAUCUUUUUCAUGUGAUUCUUUGAAUUCGAUCGGAGUAAUUGAAUUUGGAUAGUCUCGGCCGUUCUUCCCGCCUAGUGAACCAAGAAUAAAGGAUGUCGGCGGGCGUUGACUCAGAAACCGAACUUCAUAUGACCAGAACGAAAUGCAUAAUGGAAUUGCGCGCAUUAAUUUUUAGGCAUCCUACUGAUGAACAGUUGCGACACGUAGAUAUAUAUUUUUUAGCAACUAAUAUAAUUUGGAGUCUGUCUACUUUGAAUUGAAUAAAGUUUUAUAAUGUGGUUUACCGGAAUGCGCGUGUUUUUCCUUUUGAAUGAAAAUCAGCAUCUAAAUGAAAUCAGCUGGCCCAUAAAAUCAGCUUUGAGUCGGCCCAAAUUCGAAUUUGAUUCGCCGCUCAUGUCAGUAGUAUAUUAAAGUAAGGCGUUUGUAUAGAAAAAGGAGAAAUCAUUUUUUUAUGCCUGAAAAUUACUUCACUAGUAAUCAACAAGUAUACCGAUAUAUUUUUUGCUUAUGUAGAUGGUCAGCUCUGACUACUGUAAAUUUCAAAUAGUAAUUUGUUUACCGUCAAAGCACUUAGGAGUUCAGUUCUGAACUCGCUUAAUCGGAUCCAUACGUUCCAGAUUCAACUGGAAUUUGGAAGCGUUGAUUUUUGAGGAGAGGGAGAACCCGGAGAAAAACCUCUCGAAGCAAGGCAGAGAACCAACAACAAAGCAUUUAAGAUGAUCAAUUGGUAUUGCGUUGAUUUUAUAGAUUCCAUCGGAUGCCAUAAGCCAGGAAGUAAAAGCCGCAGAGGGGUUGUUUUAUGAAGAAGGAGCCUUUAAGAUGAUCGUGUACAGUGGAACAGCCAUCUUGGCGGUGCUUUUUAUCGCUGGAUUAGUUUAUGAGUUUCUAGCCAAGAAAUACUUGCAGCGUAAGUAGUCUUGUAACCUGAUCAUCAAUCAUGCCAUCUCCGUUCUUCUGGCCAUCGACAGCCUGAAUGGACAACGUUAUGUUUUAAAUUGUUCCUUUCAUAUGGUGUGAAAAACAGGAAAAUAGUCAGAUCCUUUCUUCCAAUUUGAUGGUAAUUUUUUUUAAAGGAAAGAAAGUAUAGAUUUUUGUGCUUUUUGACCAUAAAUUUCACUCGGAACAGUCCAAAACAGUGGUUUGUUUCCAAAACGUGAAAAAAAAACUUAGGAAACGCUGACGGGCCGGUAUUGGUGUAACUCUCAUAUUUGUUCGUUCAGAACGCAACAGCACUGGAAAUUGCAUUAAAAAAAGGAAAAAAUAAAGGAGAAUACGUCUAAACGAUAAAAGUCCCUUAUGUACGUUGUCGAUGUCUUUUGGGGAUGGUACAAUGACGCAAAAAAAGCUAGAGUGAACUCUGGCCUUCUGCAUGCUUUGUUCUUAUUACCGAAUCCGAAGUUUUCUCAGAUAAAUGCAUUACCGUAGACAUCUUCUAGUUCACCACCACCCGUAAUUAAGCUUGUGUUAGUAAGAGAAAUUCGCCUUACAUCUUGACAUAACAAUGACGUGACGUGAUGUUUUUACAUUUACUAGCUAUAAUGUGUUUCUUUUAGAUACAUGUAUCAGUAAUAUUGCUGGUUUGCUGUUGACUUUACCGCGGCCAUGUUAGUGGUCAAGGACAAAAGCAUUUCUCUCCUCUUUCAACUUUCAUGCCAUUUUCAUGUUAUUUCUUAGAAAAGAAUUUUAUUGUAUUGACCACCAACAUGGCACAAACAAACUGAACAAACCAACAGUGAAAAGUACUUAUUACACUAAGACGCCAGACGGCACUUUUAUCUUCUCGAAAACUUUACUAUUUACUUUUUUUGAUAGCGAAACGGGCAAGAGAAGAAAACAAUUACCUCAAUGUUGAGAUGACAAAGCAGACCAGUACAGAUGGUCCGCCGCACCAGACUGAGGGAGACUUGGACGAGCUUUUGCAAGAUUAUAAGUCUUUUCAUGACUCAUGGGUAGAGAGGUGCAAGAGGCUUCAUGGGAAACCUUAUGGUUGUUAAGCUUAAGAACUUGUUUCUCCUUCAGCAAGUCAAUUUGAAAGGAAUUUCCCAAAGUAAAACCUUGCCUACCUACCAGACCAGUUUGUUUUUGGGUAAACGUAUGCACUAUUUUGGCAUGCUUGUAGAAAUAAUCCUUCGAAAGGCGACUUUAUAAAAGACAAGGUCAGAGUAAUGCGGAAACUUAAAGACAGUAAAUGUAGCCGAGUUUAGAGAAAAAAAAGCCCUUUUCAUAUUUAACAAUGUCGAUUCUCAUAUCUACAGACUUAGAGCUGCUUAUAUACACUGUCAUGUAUGGAAUAUAGACAAAAACUUGUUCUUGAAUGAUAGCCUUUAUUUUGAUUUAAGGUUUAUAACAGAAAUAGUGUAGGAAAUACCAUGUACUCACGGAGGAAUACUGGAAGUAAAGUCGUUGAAAAAAAAAAUGAUGAGGCUGGUCGAACGGUAGGAGAACGGAAGCCUAGAAACCCAGCUGUCGAAGUGGGAGUCGAAAGAAAUUACAGCUCAAUGCUCAGCUAAGCUGAAUCAUUGUCAAAAUAAAAGGCGGUGGUUUUUUAUUUCAAAAACUAAGAGAAGCUGCUUAGGAAACUAGGAUGGUGCACUUAAUCAUAAAGUCAAAGACGAUGGACUUCGAGAUCUCGCGCUCAAAUAUUUAUCUAGCCUCCCACGCAGGCGUUUUUAGGGGAGCUCGUUUUUCAUCCCUCCCCUAAAAACGCCUGCGUGGGAGGCUAAUGUUUAUCCUGAUGCUGAAAAAUGUACGAAAAGUUCGACCUCAGCCGGCACUCUUGGUAAUUAUUAAUUCUAAAGCUUUAAUAUAAAAUCUUUAACUCCAUAUACUACCGUAGUAAAUUGACAGCCCUUAAGGCAGUGUUAUAGCCUGUCUGGUAAAGUUGUAACAGGGAUCAAAACAUAAACUUAAAAAUAUAUGAAAAUAAAAAAAAAUAAAACAUAAACUUUAAUCCGACUUCGCUUGUUUAAUGUAUUCCAACUCAAGCAUAUCUGAUAGUACA